CAGAAGAGCAGGAACAUGGCUCCGGCGAAGAGCUCCCAUGUGGUCCAGCCUCAAGGGGCCCAGAUGGGAGGAGCUCAGCCCCAGGGUGGACCAGCAGGAAGCCCAGAAUUCAAGAAGAAGGAGAAGAAGAAGCUGCAAAAACAACGGAUGUGGCGGACGAACACGCAGAAGGCUUUUUCAUGCAGUGUUCAUGAGGGACAAGGAUUUGCAUUUCAGAGAAAACAAAAAAUUCAGGAGUACAAAAAAUUAUUAAGGAAAGAAAAAAAGGCACAGAUUAAACAAGAGUCUCAGUUUACUGAAAAAUAUCCAGAGCAUUUAAAACAUCUAUAUUUAGCUGAAGAAGAAGAAAUACUCAGGAAACAAGAUAAAAAAGAAAAACAACCUUUGCCAGAAGAAAAGUCUAGAGUGUCGAUGAAGUAUGUUUUCUCUCUCUUGUGUAAAUCCUGGAAAUUAAAUCCAGGCUUUGUUGGCUAUUUUGACGAAGCCCUGUUGCCACUCCAAGAAGAAAUAAGAAAAAAACAUCAAAUCAGAAAGCAAAAGAAGAACAUGAAAAGGUACAAGCUAAGCAUUCAGCUAAGAAGCAGGAGUUUGAAAAAAGAAAACAAGAGAGAGAAAAAGCACAACAGCACUAUAAAAAAAGAAAAUGGAAGCAUAAAAAAUAUUGAGCAAAAAAAAAAUGAAAAAAGGACAACCAAAUCUGAACUUACAAAUGGAGUAUCUUCUAAAGAAAAUACAAGAGAGAACCUAAAACACAUUUUUCCUUUAAUAAAUAUUAAAAAAUAAAAAAA